UUUCUGCACACUGGCUUCAAAAGGCUUUUCACUACUAAAGCCUCCUGGAACUCAUGUAAAGUUCACUGCAAUGGCGCCAGAUUCCCCAGUUCUACUGGCUGCGGUGACCCUUCUAUCUGCCUUUCAGAUGGGGUACCUGGCGCGCAGAGUUGGAUGGUCUAGAAUGGCUCACAAAAUCCUCCCUCCUGCCGUCUCUGGCCCUCCAGAGUUUGAACGGACGUUUCGUGCACAUCAGAACUGUGUGGAGUUCUACCCCCUGUUCCUGGUCACCCUGUGGACCUGUGGGAUGUUCUUCAACGAGGAGGUAGCUGCAGCAGCAGGGCUGGUCUACAUGGUGGCCAGGCAAAUUUACUUCAAUGGCUACAUCCAGUCCACUAAGAAAAGGUUAACUGGCUUUUAUCUGACCCUGGCUGCACUUCUCAGUCUGUCUGUUCUGGCUUUGACUGGAAUAGUAGGUGGAAUACUGGACAAGUACCUUUACAUCCAUAUCUGAAGAUUUACAUCCAUUUUAUCUGAAGAUGAAAAGGAUUUCAAAUAUUGCUUUCAUGCUAAGUUUAUGUUGUCCAAGUGAAUAUACUUUAGGCUGAAGCUGUUUAGAUUCAUUUCAUUUAUUAGCUGUCGUUCUAACAUGCUUCAGGAUUUGUCCAAAUGUGCUUUUUGACCAGUUUCUGAUGCUGCUGGGUUACAAAUGUGCCUGUUUGACAAUCUGAAGAAAAUAAUAAAGAAAUAAAUGGA